AUAGUUAUCCUUAAUUUUACAUAUUUAAUUUAAGUAAAUAUAUAUAAAUAAAUACAUGUAAGGAAGAAAGAAACAAAUAAAGUCUUCCUAUUAUCAUGCACACUUAUCUGACAGGAUAUGCUGCUUUUCCACAGUAACCUCUCAUGAGCAAUUCCAAUUUCACCACCAGCAAUUCAAUCGCUCCGCCGCCGUCAGAGCUGGCGCAUCCCCAUAACUCCAACAUGUCGCCCCUCACCGCUGUCCUUUGCCUGGUUGCGGUCAUCACAGUACCAAUUAUAUCUUACACCUUCUUCGUAGCAAUGAAAUGCCCUCGAAACCCCUUCCGGCGGGGGAGCGCGGCACCUCCGGCUGAGCUGUGCUUGAAGGCGGAGAAGCCGGAACUAGUUUACGGUGUUAAGUACAGAAAAUCGGCGGAAGACGGAAGGAAGGAGGCGGCGGGAGUCAGCGAUCAGUACUGUCCGGUGUGCUUAUCGGUGUUUGCCGAAGGAGAAGAAAUGCGGCAGCUGAGCGGGUGCAAGCACGCGUUCCACUCCGCCUGCAUCGAUAUGUGGUUGUAUUCUCAUUCGAACUGCCCGGUUUGCCGCGCUGCCGUUCCCGUCAGGUGGUCGAAACGGGUGUUGGUGGUUGUCGAAGAAGAAAUCCGGCGAGGUCCACAAGAUGCCGCCGAUUUGAUUUGAUUUUCUCAACUUGAUUUCUUUUUUUUAUCAAGAAUGAUAUAUUUCAAUAUCUUGUUCUAAUUCUCAAUUAUUAGAAAUGUCAGAUAUUAAAUAAUUUUUUCUGAGUUAAAAUGUUUAGAUAAUAAGAUUAUUCAAUCAGUUGUUUCGCCUUAAUAGCGCCGCCGCCAGCCGCUGUGGACUGGGUUAGUUGGACGAAAACAAAAACAGGAGCACAAAGGAGAAAAUAAGAGAGAAAAUUGAAAGAAGGUAAAGUAAUUAUAGUACGUAGAUACUAGAUAACGCCCCGCAGCACCGUUGGCGCGGCCGUAGGAGUGGCAGCGCCACUACUCACGACAAAUGCUAACGGCUUAUUUGGACGAG